AGACCAAGGCGCUUAACUCUGUCCCCUGUGCUCAGUAGCCCGGGCACAAAAGUUUGAAGGGGAGGGGCGUUGGGUAAAUGGGCGUGGACGGGUACCUAGGCCCCGCCCCCUCCUCCGCCAAGCCGGUUCCGCCGCGAGCGGGAUGGAGGCCAUGGCGCCUGCGCCGGCCCCUGGCAACGCGUCGGAAGCGCUGGAGCGGGCCUUGGCGACGCGUGAAGGGGAGCCCGCUGCUUCUGCCGGGAGCAUGAAGCUGACCCGGAAGGUGGUUCUCUCCCGGGCGAAGGCCACCAGCCUCAGCGGCGUCCGGAAGCUCAAUUGCUGGGGCAGCCGCAUUGCAGAUAUUUCAGUCUGCCGUGAGCUUCCCAACGUUGAGGUGAUGACACUGAGUGCAAAUAACAUCUCUGAUCUGGAGCCCAUGAACCAGUGCCUGAACUUAACUGAGCUUUAUCUCAGGAGGAACAAUAUUGCUAGCCUCCAUGAACUGUUCCAUUUGAAAAAACUGCCCCAUCUAAGGAUCCUCUGGCUCUCUGAGAAUCCCUGUUGUGGCCCUGACCCUUUUCACUAUCGGAUGACAGUACUGCGCAAUCUCCCCCACCUCCAGAAGCUUGAUAACCAGAUGGUGACAGAAGAAGAACUGUCCCAUGCACUCCUGGAAGGGGAGGAGAUAACAGCACCCCCAUCAACAGCAAACACAGAGCAUUGUUGCCAAAACACUACCAUUGAGUCCAGCAUGGCAGAGUCUACAGUCGAGAAUGAAAACGAACUCAUGAACUUCAGCUUGGAAGAGACAAAUAAAAUUCGUGAGCAGCUUGGUAUGAAACCAGUUCCAAGAGAUAAGUUUAUUUCCUUCUCACCCAGGGAGAUAGAUGGGAACCAAAAGAAACGGAACAACAUCCUCAAUGCCAUCCUGCUUCUCCUAGAAGAGCUUGAUUCAGAGGGACUAGAGGUUGUCCAUGAAACUGUAGAGAACAAACUCCAAGCCUUGCAGAAGAAGGAACUCCAUGAGAAUCGAUAGCACGUCAUAGCAACGUUUUUGUGGACUAGUGGAACUUGCAUCUUUAGGCAAGGCUGCACCCUCCUCAUGUUUCUGAGCUUUGUGUGGAGAUAUGCAAAAGCUUACAAGAAGAAUAAUAUACAUUCCUUCUCAGUCUUGCAGUAGGAUCCUGUUGUAGAACAGGCUUUCAUCUGCAGCCACAACUUAACAUACAGCUGCUACUCUGCACUCCGCUAAGCCUCACAACAGGGAAAGCAAACCAGCAAUUAGCUGUUACACAGAAAAGAGAGGAGGGAGGCCAUUCUGGGCCCUUUCCUGCUAGUGCCUGACAAGUAGAAGAAUUGCUCAUAGUCUUGCUUCAGGUGUGGUUAUGCCUGGACUGCAGCUGACUUUCUUAGCAUGAUAUUUUCUUGCAUUGUAAUAUUGGAGCAAGAGUAGGCUUCCUGAUUCCAUCAUCCAGUACUAAGGAGCUUUUGAUAGUAACUUUGGUCACAACGUCAGAACUUCUCAAACCUAAGAUAUUUCUUUAAAAAAAUCACUGAACUUUUAAAUUUAGUGCUGAGCUUCUUAGUUUUGACCCACUACCUCUCCUUCACAUAGUGGGCGGAUGUGAUGAAAAGAAUGUAAUUUGCCAACUAAACUUGGGGUUAGAGUUUCUUGUUUCACUCAGAAUGAACCCUGUGUUUCAGCUUUGAAUGUCUGCCUCAGCCGCCUUUGAUCACUUGUCAUUUUAGUCCAUAUAGUAGCCUUAAAAAAAAAAAAAUAAGGACAGCUAACUGUAGUAAUAUGGAAAAAAGUGAUUUGACGAUGCACAUUACUUUUGGUGUCGGAAGGAAAAUUAAAGUAAUUUACCAAAAAUGUAUAGAUUUGGUGUGGUUCAUCUCAUUGUGUGUCAUGUAAGAAGCUGGGUCAAAUGCAGGGGAACACAUGCAUUGAUGUUCAGUCAUCUAUAUACACUGUGUUUCCCCCCAAACAAUUCUGAUUAUAGAUCUUGUGGAUUUGAAUGUAAAAAAAGGUUUCUUGUAAAUAUAUUUUUAAAAUUGUGAUAA